AUGAUUUUGAACGUGACCAGGACGAAACGAUUCUGGCGACGACUGCGGCCUCGAGCCAAAGAUCAGGACAAUACACCCAAAUGCCAGCCAAGAAAGGCCUUCCCUGCCGGACUCAAAUUGCUCUGCGGCCCGAAUGAUGGGACGAUUGAUAUCGUCUUUGUCCACGGUCUGACCGGUGAUCGCGAUGCAACAUGGACUGCGCCAGGCGCGGAGGAACCUUGGCCCAAAACCCUCCUCCCUUCAAAGCUUCCGACAGCCCGCAUCUUCACAUUCGGAUAUGACGCAUAUGUGGCAGACUGGCGAAGUGUAGUAUCGCGGUCUCUCAUUGCCAAUCAUGCAUAUAAUCUGCUAGCAUCUCUUUCAAACUAUCGAGAGAACGAUGCCACGGCCUUGUUCACGUCGAAACAACGACCAGAGCCGCAUCUCCACAACAUCCUUCGGUCCACUCGUGGUAUUAUAUUUCUCGGCACGCCACACCAUGGAGCUAGCCUUGCCAAAUGGGCCGACUUUGUAUGCCGAUCAAUUAGCCUGGUUAAGCAGACGAAUUCCGAGAUCGUCAACGUUCUCAAGCGCGAUUCGGAGGUUCUUGCGCGGAUCCAAGACGGCUUUCACACGAUGGUGCGAAGUGUAGGACCGCCGCCGAUCGAAGUGACUUGUUUCUAUGAAGAGGUGCCCGUGCUGGGAGUUGGUUUAGUUGUGCCACAAGAUUCGGCCGUUCUGCCGGGUUAUGUGCCCAUUGGAAUUCACAGUAAUCAUAUGGAUAUGACCAAGUUCUCCAGUGUCGAUGACCCUGGUUUUAUGGCUAUUUGUGGAGAGCUGCGUCGGUGGAGUAAAGACACAGGGGGUGCGACUAAAAGCAGCCAUGGCAAUUCAUCGCUAGGUGCGCAGGCCGGACUUGCCCAUCAGUACGGGGCCAAUAGUCAUCAAUACAAUCAGUUCGGCGGGGGCACGCAGAACAUUGUAGGCAGCCACCAGUAUCAGGCGCAAGGGGAUAUGAAUUUUGGCAUGGUGCCGUCUAAAUAG